GCAGCCUUCCUCAUCUGGACACGCUUCCCAACACGAUCUGCCUUCACGUUUGCGUUUCCGCCGCGCACAAACACUUUACACAAGGGGUUUGCGCGCUGUUUGUGCGUCAGGCUGAAUUUGGCUUUCUCUCGAUAGUAAGUAAGAGAUUCUUGAAGCCAAGUUUACUGGCGCUUCUCUCUCUCUCUCUCUCUCUCUCUCUCUCUCUCUCUCUCUUCUCAGAUUUUGACAUCACCGUAGUAAGACAGAGCCGAGUUUCAUACAUUCGGUUGACGUGUGGCCGCUGCCACGCUAGAUUGUGUUCAGGGAAAAUUACGCAUGGGCAUUUCUAGUAGGAAAGAUGCGAGAAGAAAGUGGAGCGCAGCUGCAGCCGGCACUGCAAUCAAUGAGAUACAUUCUAUGAAAAGUUAAACAUUUUACACUCUGCUCUGUCACGUUGUUUGUUGUUUUAUUUUACUGGCAAAUAAAUAACAGUAAAUCACCUGGGACCGUGCUGGUUCAUUGCGCGAUGGCACAACACUGCGUUGACGGUGACACGAGUCACAAGGAAUCAAAGAGUGAAAUUUAACAGAGACUGGUGAUGGAGUGACACAUGCCGGGCUUUAUUUUUGUCCAACACUGAUCUGACGCCUAGACGAGACGACUGGAAGAAGCCAUAAGGCGCACAGCUUCAUACUGAAGUGUUUAAGUUAGUCUGAGGGGAAAUUUAAAAGACCUAAAAAUACAGCGUUGGUUUCUUCCCCUACAAAGACUCAUUUGAACUUCCCACCGCAGAGCGAGAGCGACAUAAAUAGUUCUGACAUGUGGAUGUAAUUUCAGAAGAGGAAAAAAGACAGAUGCAGAGAAAUACAGAGAGCGCGCUCAGCCUGGGCAUAUAGUAGAUUAUAGGAAAUUAAACCGAAGGCAGAGCGAGGCGAUUACAGAGUUAUGAUUUCACAAGCCGCCAUUAGCAGAGAGCGGUCAGAUGGAGUGAGAAAACACAACUAUCUCUACUUCGAGGAGAGUUAAACGCGAAUCACAUAGUUGCAUCUGAGCAUCACCGGCGUCUGCAAGGAACUCUUGGAGGUAGAGUUGCCUCAGGUCAGGGAUGGGAUCCACUCUGCUGCUCCACAACCUGGACUUUCUCCUCAUCUCACUCCUCAGCUGUUUUUGUCUGGUUUACGCAGAUGACGUGCUCACCAAAGAGGAACAGAUUGGCCUGUUGUUCAAAGCCAAACAGAAGUGCGAGGGUUCCAUUAAGUCAAAGCACAAGGUCCCUGAUGGUUUCUGCUCACCAGAAUGGGAUGGCAUUGUGUGUUGGCCAGAAGGGCCUCCGGGAAAGCUCGUAUCCACCGCCUGUCCAGAGUAUAUCUAUGACUUCAACCACAGAGGACUCGCUUAUCGCCGUUGUGACAACAAUGGAACAUGGGAGCUGGCCUCAAUCAACAAGACAUGGGCCAAUUAUAACGAAUGUGCAAAAUUCCUCUACCAUUACAACCACAGCCAUGAAAAGGAGGUGUUUCACCGUCUGUAUCUCAUCUACACAGUGGGGUACUCCAUUUCUCUAGGAUCACUCAUGGUGGCUGUGAUCAUCUUGGGAUAUUUCCGACGACUACACUGUACCAGGAACUACAUCCACAUGCACCUAUUUGUGUCCUACAUGCUAAGAGCUGUCAGUAUUUUCGUGAAGGACAUUGUUCUAUACUCUGGAUCAUCCUUGGAGAACAUGGAAAGGGUCACAGUGGAAGACCUUAAGUCCAUCACCGAGACACCGCCAGCCAACAAAACACAAUUUAUUGGCUGCAAGGUGGUUGUGACCUUGUUCAUGUACUUUCUGGCAACCAAUUACUACUGGAUCCUUGUUGAGGGUCUGUACCUCCACAGCCUCAUUUUUAUGACCUUCUUCUCAGACAGAAAGUAUCUGUGGGGAUUCACACUGAUUGGCUGGGGAGUACCAGCCAUGUUUGUGACAGUCUGGGCCACUGUGAGAGCCACGUUUGCAGAUACAGAGUGUUGGGACUUAAGUGCGGGCAAUUUGAAAUGGAUUUAUCAAGUGCCUAUCCUGGCAGCUGUGGUGGUUAAUUUUAUGUUAUUUCUGAACAUCAUCAGAGUGUUGGCAACGAAACUGCGAGAAACAAAUGCGGGAAGGUGUGACACAAGACAACAGUACAGGAAACUGUUGAAGUCCACACUGGUGCUGAUGCCACUGUUUGGUGUCCACUACAUCAUUUUCAAUGCCAUGCCUUACACAGAAGUGUCUGGAGUUCCCUGGCUGAUCCAGAUGCAUUAUGAGAUGCUGUUUAAUUCCUUCCAGGGUUUUUUAGUUGCAAUUAUAUACUGUUUUUGCAACGGAGAGGUACAAGCUGAGAUCAAAAAGUCCUGGAGCAGGAGGACCCUGGCACUGGACUUCAAAAGAAAAGCCCGGAGUGGCAGUAACACUUACAGCUAUGGACCUAUGGUAUCACACACCAGUGUUACCAACGUCACUGCCAGAGGACCGCUGGCUCUCCACCUCACAACGAGGCUGGGACCGGUGCCUGUGAACGGACACAGGAACCUGCCCGGGUACGUGAAGAAUGGCUCAGUGUCAGAAAACUCUAUACCAUCGUCGGGACAGGAGCUCCACAUUCCCGAAGAGGAGCAUUCUUCUCACGUGAGGCCCUGCGAGAAGGAGAAACCCUCACCGGUGGUCGAGGAGGAGAGGGAGACGGUCAUGUGACCUCCAGGCCGCGGCUGUGUGUGUACAGAUAAAAACUGGCUCAACAAAUCAUAACAGUCUCAGGAUGGUCUGAAUUCAUCAACACUGCCAGUUUUAUUUUCCUCCUGUGAAUCAAGCAAAAAGAAAACAUGACAGACUGUUGAGGCUCAAAGCAGAGGAGGGUGUGUCAGUUUUGAGAGCUGUGACACCUUUUUAUUCUUUUUCCAAGGAAAAAUGACCUUCAGUUUUGUGGCAAAUACUCUCUGCGCUUUCAACCACCACCUGCCACAGUGAAUGUGUUUAAGGCUGGACAACAGAAACUGCCCUUUUUCAUCUCUUUAUUUUUUGCUGCCAUAACUGUUUGUGCUGUCUCGUCCUCAAACGCUCGGCUUUUGUGCAUAAAUCAAAGGUUGCAGUCGUCGAUCCAGGAAGAGCCUUAAUGACCACCACCUGUGUGAGGUCCGUUGGAUUUUGUGUGCAUUCAGUGACACAUUUGUGAGGCUCAGUAGCGUCGGUGCGUUUUCCGAUCAAGUUGUUGUAUAGACGCAGCUAUUUUGUGGCAUCUGUUCAUGGUAUGUCCUUUGUUUUUCAUCUAAUUACUGUAUAUCCACUUCAGAGUAAAAGGUAAGGUACUCAGGUAAUGGAAGUCCUCUGUUGUUGCACACCUAUUUUUUAUUCAUUUAUAACAUUGUUUUAGCCUGUUCAACAUUUGUAUUGAGAAUAAGUUAAUAUGUUACGUAAAGCUGGAUCAACUAGUCUUGUUUUCACAGAGUUGUAUGCUCUCUGCUGUAGAAAGACCCAGUACUCGUCUCCUUUCCAAUUACUACACACAUGCCGAAGAGUUCAAAUGAAUGUUUCAUCCUCAGAUUUUCUCCUCCCCAAAAAUAGUAACACACACAAACACCCACAAACACACAACAUGAUGCCUAAGUAAGAAUAUUUCUUUGAAGACUGUCACUGUCUUUGGGUGCAGUGUGAGCCGAGGAGAAGAGGGACAUUUUGGAAAUCUGACAGGAAUAUCAUGUGUUCUUGUAUUGUUUUUCAAAAGAAGAGAGAAAAAAAACACAGCAACACAGCAUGCAGGAAAUGGUCAAAUAUUCAAGUGGAAUGUUAAUUAAAUGAGGAAUCCCAAAUUCUCUUGGAAUUCCAAGAUGGACAAUUGUGGCGGAUAUGAAGGAAAAGCCAGACAUGAAUAACACACAGUAACUUUUAUAGAUGGUCCAGUGUUUCGCUGCUUUUUGAUGUAUGUGUGUGUGUGUGUGUGUAUAUAUAUGUAUAUAUGUGUAUAUAUAUAUACAUAUAUAUAUAUAUAUACAAGUCACAAUGUUUACAUAGGUCAGAAAUACAUUCUAAUUGUGAGCAAAUCAUUGUCAUGUGUAAGGAUACGUAAUUUGUCAGUGUAUAUAAUUUGUUUUUUUUUUUACGUGUUUGUUUACAAAAAUGCAGUAUUUGAUAAUGUACAUAGACCAAAACAAAACUGGUGAAUAUACGGACAGGUGACAGAGGGCAUUCCUGUUUUAACGCGGCAUUCCACGAGAUAUUUCAAACCGUUAUUAUGUGUCACAUCAUGGAUGAUACCAAAGAGAAAAGGCAGCAUGCUGAAAUGCUGCCAGAGCAAAAGUUUACGGGAACCACACAGUCUUAAAUUCACCCGCUCUCAAAAAUAAAAGGAAAAAGAAAGAACAACAGAAGUGUCAGUGGUAGCUCAUGUAGGAAAAUAUAAAAGUGAGUCUUAAAAUUCGACCCAGUGUGAAUUUAAGUUUUGUUUUUGAUAAAUACUAAUUGUCUGCUUGCUAUAGUAGACUGAACACAUUAAUAUUAUUUUUGUCUCAGUCCUUAUUUGAUUUGACUGAAAUACAGAAUUGAUUUUUACCUCGUUAAGAUCUCAACGUUAUAUGACUGAAGGUAAUAUUUGCUGUUGUGCACAGUGUUGUAUCGUGUUUUUGGUGACCACAGUUCGCCAAGCGCUCUUGUUCCUCUUCUGAUUGACUGAAUUAUUCUCCAAAUUCUCUCAUUCUACCCAACUGCCAUGCCGUCCAAUAAUCCAUGCACUUUGAUUCAGUUUUAAAAGGUCACAUAGUCUCAUCUGCAGAGUUUGGACUGCCCUUAAGUUCAUUCUGCAGACAGGUGCAAAAAUAGGAAGGAACUGUUUCUACUGUUUCAAAUGUUUUAACGAUAUAUCUCAUAAGAUUCUGUAUUUUUUUUCCUGUUGCCAACAAACAAUGAAAAUACCCAAAUUCAGCAUUAUCUGACGUAGUGUAUCAAAAAAAAUGUUGGUAACUUUAAUUUAUUCCGGGUCAAUUGUACAAAAAAAACAUAUUUUAAUAACUAACCAUAUAUAUUUAUUCACAAAAAAAUGAAGUUCCCUAAAAGCUACAGCUGUUUGAAAUUACACUAUUAAUUUAAGUAUUUAUAAGUAUAAUAUAAUACUAGUAUAUCAUAUUAUAUUAUAUUAUAUUAUAUUUAAAAGUGAUGAUAGAGGAAAUAUUGUCAAAUAGUAAAACAAAAUAGUGGCAGCAACAGCUACUGUAUUGAUAUUUUAGUGUCAUUUAUUGGCAAUAAGGAAACUAGACUAUACAUUAAAUCAUGUGACGAUAUCAGAAAUUCAAAUUGCACAUAACUUGUACAUUUCCAUGCGGAUCGGUCAUGAUUGUGAUGGGGUUUGAGUGACUUGGCUAAAAUAUCACACACAGGUGGCUGAAGGUCGUAUGGAAAAAGACAAAGUAUGUGAGCGAUCACAUUAAAUGUUACUGCCAGUACAGUUGGAUUAUGUACAGUUCUCUUAUAUCUGACUUUCAGCUGUAAUUAUUGCUAGACAAGUAAACAUGUCGUCGUUGUGCAGUCCAGGUUCUUAAUCAAAAGGGUGGCUGGUUUCAGAGAAUGAAAAUAGUUAAAAAAGAACAUUCUGAAAAUUAUAUUUGAGCACUUUAAUACUCCAUAAUACAGUAUUUUAUUCAGAUUGUAUCGUGCAAAAUGUUUUGGAAAUCAAAUGUACAAUAAGGCCAAUAGCCAUAGAGCUAAUGUUGUUUUUUGUCCUUUUCAAAUACCUCUUAUGGAAGUAAAAAAAAAAAAAUAAUAAUAAAAAAUGAAAACUUUUAUUUAUCUUGUGCAGAAACGUAGUUGCCAUUUGUCUUCAUGUCUUGGAUACAGUGUGUGGACACGUCUCACCCUCUCAUCACUGAUGUAGGCAUGUUGUAGAUAUCAGUGUAAACUUUUGAAGAAAAAAAUAUGGUAAGAUUGUUCCUUGUCUCUAAUGUACAUCAAUGAAUUGUGAAUAUAUGUCAAUAAAUCUUUGGUUUUACUGGA